GGUCAAGUUUAUUGUGUAAGGUGAUAACUGCAUGAGCCUUUCCAGCUGGAACUAGAAGCUGCAGUGGGGGCUGGGCCUUGGGAAGGGCAGGCUAAGAUUCUAAGCUAAUUCAUAUAAGAGCCCCGGAAGCACACCAGGCUCUAAGGGCACGGAGUAGCUGAGCCAGAACCCAGGGGAGGGGAAGAAGCCUGGCCAUUCAAGUGAGGAAGCCCGUCUAGAACAGCAAGGUUCCAACCUACCCACCCUGGAGAAGAGCUGGCCUAACAAAGAGAGCCUUCCCAGGGCCAAGACUUCUGGAGGCUGGAAGAAGAGGCUCAGGGGGCUUUGUGGCUCCUCUCUGCCCCACCCUAAGGGUGCCCAUGACACAGACACCGCCUGCCUGGCCCCAGGCAGCAGGAUGAGAGGGCUCCGAUGGCGGUACACCCAGCUGCCCAGCCAACCGGAUGACCCACUGCCAGGAGAGGCCGAGGCUGAGGCCGAGACUGUGUCAACUGCCCGGAGCCCAGACACUGAGGAGGCUUGGGUCCCCACCCUGGGAGAGAGCAAAGUCCUUCAUGCAGAGGAAUUCAGGCAGCUCGUGCCACACUUUCCCCCUCGGUUCACUGGCCACUCUUGGACUCUGGUUUACUGCACCGAGAGAGAUGGUUUCAGCCUGAAGAGCCUGUAUCGGAGGAUGGAGGGCCAGAGCUCCCCUGUGCUACUGGCCCUCAGGGAUCGGGAUGGCCAGAUAUUUGGUGCCUUCUCCUCAACGGCCAUCCGGGUCAGCAGCUGUUUUUACGGCACAGGAGAAACCUUCCUCUUCUCCUUCUCCCCACAGCUGAAGGUAUUUAAGUGGACAGGAAGUAAUACUUUCUUUGUGAAAGGAGACCUGGACUUGCUGGUGAUGGGGAGUGGCAGCGGCCAGUUUGGGCUGUGGUUGGAUGGGGACCUGAACCAUGGGGGCAGCCGUCCCUGUGCUACCUUCAACAAUGAAGUCCUAGCCAGCCGGGAAGAAUUCUUCAUACAGGAUCUAGAGGCCUGGUCCCUGAGCUGAUGUGCCCAGACUGGCAAGACCUGCUCUGACCUUCUCACUGGGUGUUGCUUGCUACUUCCCUCCCCAGGGUAACAGUACAGCAUAAGCGGGCAGUUUAAGCUGCGGGCCUGAGUUUCUUGGUUAGCUAUGUAAACAACUGCAGUCCCCCACCUAUCAACAGGCUUGCAUAACUAGGACAAGAAUGUGGGGGAUAGAUACUAUGUUAGAAAUAUCUUCCAGUUGCAAAUGACUGUUUGCUUUGAAUAAACCUGGAUCCCAGGCAACUUGUCUUCAGAACUUCCAGAUAACCUGCCAUCAAAUGUGGUCCAAAUCCUACAGGCAGAGUAAUUAAGUUCCUGAUAAGGAUUGCUACACACCGAGGGGCCCGGGGAACUGGGAGUACCACCCUUUCCCUUCCCCUCAACACUGCCCUGUCCCUUAAUUUUUUUCUAGGAUAUUUACUACGCACACACUAACUAGUAGAUUUCAUGGCUAGUGCACUCUGCCCCAAACCAAGCAAUGCUCAAAUGCAGGAGUCGACUGCAAGAGGUGGCUUAGGUAGGCUAGGUGGGCAGAGAUCACACUCAGGUUCAAUCAUCUACCAUAUACUCCCUCGUCCAAAUUCUUCCAGCUCACCAGGGCUAGUCUAGCGUAGGGAUACAAAGUACCCAAAUCCACAUCAGGCUGAAACCAAUGCCCUGGAGUAAACUCUUUGCUGGGGAAGUACCUUCCAGCACAACAGGGUCGAGAGGAAUCAACAUUGAGUGUUUUCACAUGCCUGGCCAAGUGAUAUCACCAAGCAUAAGGAGUCCCAAGGGAGAGGGUGAGGAAGACUAGAGCCUCAACAAGGACACCUAAGAAGGCUUCAUCUGAAAUCUCCUCUGCACUGCUGUUGCUCAGGAGAAGCUGGUGGCCUGUGGGCACAAGACACAAGGCUACACCUCUCUCCUGGUCAGCACAUUCUUCUCCCUCCCCCCCAUCUUUUAAAGACUUAUCCUUUUCAUGGCAGCCAUUCCCUCUGAAGUUGGGUCACAGAAAUCAAGGAACGCAAACCACCCAAACCGCAUCUUCACUCACAGGCCAACUGGGCUGGAGAGAGAAUGAACUACUGCGGUCAAGAUGAAACAUGUUUCUCUUGUUUGACGAUGGAACAAUCUCAGUUUAAGACAUGGGUCUAGUCUCCAACGAAGGAUAACAAGUAGCAUGAAAGAAAGCUCAAGAAAAUAAGAUAUUUAGCUGGAGAUACAUUCACAAAGCUUUAUUGCAGUUAUUUUUCCACAGCUGUAACAGUAAUUGGUUUUUUAAAACACAGUGUUCUUAGAAAGAAAAUAUUCUGUAAUUCCAGCAGUGGAGACACCAAAGUCUGUUUGUACACAAACAUCAAAGGCAUUUCUUAAAUAAAAUUUGAACCUGAUAGCAAAAGGAGGGAGGCAAACAUUACAAAAUAAAGUGCAUCUGCCUUAACAGGACAAAAAUGCAAAUAGCAGAUCUUGAUUUUCCACCCCUACCUCCCCAAUGUGUGCCUAUCAAUCAAACAGUAGUCGG